CCCCAACAAAAUCACUUUGACUGUUGCAUUUAAUUGGUUUUACGUCACCACCUAUCUGAAUACCGGAAGCCGAAAGUUUUUUUUUUUUAUCUGGGUAAAGGAACACUGUAUCAUAUGCCUGCGUGGGAGAUGUAACAAGUGUGUGUAGUGCACCAGUACGACGAAGUGUCAAGUUUGGAAUGAGUUUGUAGGAUUCUUUUGCAGAGGAAAAGGUUCCACAUGCGACAGAAACAACAAUAUAAACAGUAUAAUUUCCUCAAGGGUGGUUACAUCGAAUCGCUGAUCUUCGCGGGGGAGAUAAUGUGGGAGCAAGAUGAAUUCGAAAAACAUUGGAAGAAUGAAUUUCCUGACGGAGAAGCACCUAAAAUGGAUUUAACCUCGGUGGAAGAUGUCGAGUCAGAGCUGGAGAAAUGUAAAUCGAAUCUCAAAACGCUGCAGCAGGCGCUGUUGGAGGAGAAAUUCAAGGUGAUAUAUUUCCAGACCACCAUCGCUCGACAGAAGAAAAGUUAUGACAAGGUGAUGUGGGAAGACGGUAAAGACGAAAACUUGAAUCUUGAACAUUUAUUAUCAAGGACAGAAACUGAAAGAAAAUCGCUGAUGACAAACGAAAAGCUAGACAGGGAAUGUAUGAAAGUUCUUGGUAAUGGAAGCAUGAAACUGCAGACGCCAGGCAGCAGAGGUACCAAACCAGAGCCGCCGAUCAGGAUCAGUAGCAGGACAAGUAAACCUAUACCCCCCGCGCCCCCGCGCAAGUCUAGCUUCCAGAAACAAGUGAAUACGAUCUCAUCCGAGCUCUCUCAAGCGGAUGGAAACUGCAUAGGCCGCAUAGGGAAAUUGAAUUCCGUGAGCGAAAGCAACAGCAGAGAGGCCAGUGACCACGAAUACGAGGAUGCGGAGCUCAAUGAGAAUUUCGUAAAGGGCAACAUGGUGACCCCCAAAACGACCGUCGGAGACAGCCAGAGGUCCAACACCCACCGGGACACCCUGCGCCCGUUGCGCCACAGCAGGGACUUUGACUCCAGUGAUGAUGGGAGGUUGUCUCCUUCCUGCAUUCCUGCGCACUUCAGGGCAUCCGGUACCGGUGGGUCCGGGCGCAGCACUCCAGACAGACGCAGUGAUGGCAACUUGAGUUCCGACCAUGAAGACUCCUCUUCAGACUUCAACUAUAACACAGACGGGUAUGACGGUGACGCAGCAGAGGAUCAUAAGAGUCAGGACGGUUCAGAGACCAUGCCCUUCAUAGAUGAGUCCCCUACCAUGUCCCCGAGCCUGUGUGCCCGUGGCCCCGAUGGAGAGGCCAUCUCCCCCAUCCCCCCAGAUGGCCUGCUGCCCGGGGUGAGUCACACAGGAGGACAGGACCGUAUUGUAGAGGUUGCUGGGGCUGAGGUUUCCUCUUACUCCUCAGUGUGUUAUCAACACCUUCCUAUUCCUAACAUCGUGACUACUUCCUUCCUCUCUUCAGGCCUGUGUAAUUAA